GCCGCGGCGGCUGCGGUGCUGAGGGCGCGCAGGGCCGGCGGCGAACCCCGGGCGCGCAGGGCGGGGAGGCGGCCGCUGCCCCCCCCCCCCCCCCCCCACACGCACACGCGCACCCGGGAGGCGCUCGGCGGCACCGGCGGAGGGGGAGCUGCUGCCGCCGCCGCCGCCCGCCCUCCCGCCGCCAGUUCCCCCCCCCCCCCCGCCCGCCUCGGGGGCGGCUGCCCCCGGCGGAGCCUCCAUCUGCAGCCCGGCGGCGGGAGCGGGAACAUGGCGGACCUGGAGGCGGUGCUGGCCGAUGUCAGCUACCUGAUGGCGAUGGAGAAGAGCAAGAGCACCCCGGCGGCCAGGGCCAGCAAGAAGAUCACCCUGCCCGAGCCCAGUAUCCGCAGUGUUAUGCAGAAAUACCUUGAGGAAAGGGGUGAAUUAACCUUUGACAAGAUCUUUCAUCAGAAAAUUGGAUUUUUGCUUUUUAAAGACUAUUGCAUGAAUGAGAUUGAUGAAGCUGUCCCUCAACUGAAGUUUUAUGAAGAGAUAAAAGAAUACGAGAAACUAGAUUCUGAGGAUGAGCGUCUGACCCGAAGUCGGCAGAUUUAUGACACGUACAUAAUGAAGGAGCUCCUGUCCUGUUCACAUCCUUUCUCAAAACAAGCUGUAGAUCAUGUACAAACACAUUUAGCCAAGAAACAAGUACCAGCCAGCCUUUUUCAGCCAUAUAUAGAAGAAAUUUGUGAUAGUCUCCGAGGGAAAAUAUUUCAAAAAUUUAUGGAAAGUGACAAGUUUACUAGAUUUUGUCAAUGGAAAAACGUAGAACUAAAUAUUCAUCUGACCAUGAAUGAUUUUAGUGUACAUAGAAUAAUAGGAAGAGGGGGAUUUGGUGAAGUGUAUGGUUGCAGAAAAGCAGACACUGGAAAAAUGUAUGCAAUGAAAUGUUUAGAUAAGAAGAGAAUCAAGAUGAAGCAAGGAGAAACAUUAGCCUUAAAUGAAAGAAUUAUGCUGUCCCUUGUCAGUACAGGAGACUGUCCUUUUAUAGUGUGUAUGACCUAUGCCUUCCACACCCCUGACAAACUCUGUUUCAUUCUGGACCUGAUGAAUGGAGGAGAUUUGCACUACCACCUCUCCCAGCAUGGAGUGUUUUCUGAAAAAGAAAUGAGGUUUUAUGCUACUGAAAUCAUCCUGGGUUUAGAACACAUGCACAAUCGCUUUGUUGUGUACAGAGACCUAAAGCCUGCAAAUAUCCUGUUGGAUGAACAUGGGCACGUGAGGAUAUCAGACCUUGGGCUGGCUUGUGAUUUUUCCAAAAAGAAGCCACAUGCUAGUGUAGGUACCCACGGAUACAUGGCUCCUGAGGUGCUCCAGAAGGGAACAGCGUACGAUAGCAGCGCAGACUGGUUCUCGUUAGGCUGCAUGCUUUUCAAGCUUCUAAGAGGUCACAGUCCUUUCAGACAGCACAAAACCAAAGAUAAGCAUGAGAUCGACCGGAUGACGCUGACCGUGAAUGUGGAGCUACCAGAUUCAUUUUCUCCUGAACUGAAGUCCCUUUUGGAAGGGCUCCUACAACGGGAUGUUAGCAAGAGACUUGGAUGCCAAGGAAGAAGUGCACAAGAAGUAAAAGAACAUCCUUUCUUCAAAGGCAUUGAUUGGCAGCAAGUCUAUUUACAAAAGUAUCCUCCACCAUUGAUUCCUCCCCGGGGAGAAGUAAAUGCAGCAGAUGCUUUUGAUAUCGGGUCAUUUGAUGAAGAGGACACUAAAGGCAUUAAGUUGCUUGAUAGUGACCAGGAAUUAUAUAAGAACUUCCCUCUGGUAAUAUCGGAGCGUUGGCAGCAAGAAGUAGCAGAAACUGUUUAUGAUGCAGUAAAUGCAGACACAGAUAAAAUUGAGGCCAGAAAAAGGGCUAAAAAUAAGCAGCUUGGCCACGAGGAAGAUUAUGCACUUGGGAAGGAUUGUAUUAUGCAUGGAUACAUGCUGAAAUUGGGGAACCCAUUUUUGACUCAGUGGCAACGUCGUUACUUUUAUCUCUUCCCAAACCGACUUGAAUGGCGAGGAGAAGGAGAGUCGCGGGACCUCUGGACUAUUUAUACAAAAAAACAUAAACUGCAAAACCUACUGACAAUGGAACAAAUAGUAUCUGUUGAAGAAACACAGAUUAAAGAUAAGAAAUGCAUCUUACUGAGAAUUAAAGGAGGAAAACAGUUUGUCCUACAGUGUGAGAGUGACCCAGAAUUUGUUCAGUGGAAAAAAGAGCUGACAGAAGCUUUUACUGAGGCACAGAGGUUGCUGCGUCGGGCUCCAAAGUUUCUCAAUAAAUCUCGUUCAACAGUUGUAGAGCUUUCAAAACCACCGCUCAGCCACAGGAAUAGCAAUGGUCUGUAGGAGAAACAGAGAACAAAGUUCACUUAGGGCAAGCUACUUCGUGGACAGGCUGAGUUUCACAGAAUCCUUAUGAAUUACUUUGUGCAAUCCUGGACGCGGGAUGUGCUUAGAAGAGGAAGAAUUAGAUGUUUACAGCAUGGGAUAAUGUCAGAACUCUGUCUGUGGAGGUUGUGAAGACUGGAACAAUGGCAAGUGAAUUCAUGCUCCUGGCAGUGGUGGAAAUGACCAAGCGUAGAGGCUGCAUAUUGCUCCCAUGCAUUCCUGCACCCUGGCGGUGUCUAAAACGUGGUCCGUUACCCUAGAACUACUGAUGGAAGGAAGAUACUGUUUUCUCUGCAAUACCCUUGUUUGGUGCGUACCAGGCCUGGAGACUGAAAUGGUUACUGCUGGCUAGGAUUACACUUGUGUGUGUGAUACCGACAAACCCCUCAGCUGUGGAAGGAGCUGCAGACUUGCCAUGUUGGAUAACCUUUAAUCUGUCGUGUUGCCAUGUUCUUUCCGACCAUUACUGCUGACUUUAUAAUAACCUUUCUCCAUACUGCUGAUGAUCAACAGUGUGACUCUUAUGCACUUCAAAGUACUGAAUUCUUACUGUCCUGUGGUUUAAAUGUUAUUGCUACUUCAUGGAAACAUUGAACUCAAAUUAUUCACUUGGUUUGUUGUACUCACUAAUAGUAGCUACCACCGUUUUGCUUCUUCUACAUAUAUGCAGUACUAUAACUGACGCAAUAGAGUAAUAAUUGGUGAAGAGGAAUUUAUGGUAGCUUCAUCUAGUGCUCUGUUGUAUAAAUUGACUAUUUCAGCACAGUUUUUAAAGAGCAGAUUCCUUUUGACAAGUUUACAGUGAACAUAAAGACAGUUCUUUUCCAUUUCAGGUCAACUGCACUUUUUAAAAAUUAAAAAGGAAUUAUUCAAAUCCAAUGCAUUCUAGUGCAUGUACUGGGUUAAAAUGUCUGGGUACCUCGGUACGUAUUCUGGAUCACUCUUCAGUUAUGGGACUUGUGGAUCCUUCUCUGUUGUACACAAAAACAUGAAGCAAGUGUGUUCUCAUAGCGUAGAUAUCCCAGACUUCCACUGUAGCUCAGCUCAGGAGGUUCGUGCACACAUCACAUGGCUUGGCUUGCAAAAGGAUUUUUAAUUUUCUUUUCUAGAGAGUUCGAACUGUCCACAUUGAAAACAGUCUGAGAAUACUGAGGAUGGAACUGACAAAACAAGCUGAUCAAAUGCCAGACAUAUUAAUUCUACUUGAGACAUCAGUCAUGUCAUGUGGAAACUCUUGCUAAAGUAAAGAUAUAAUCUCUUAACUGUUAGACAACUUUAAGCAUGUGAAGUCAGCCUUUCCCUGGUUAUUGUGAUGUUUUGCAAGAGAUAGGUCAGGGUUUAAUUUAAGCUUUUUUCUGAUUCAGUAAACACCUUAAAAAACAUUUUCUGCCUAAGUACGGUGGUACAGCUCUCAUGGUUCCUAAAGACGAUGGGAAUUGCAUCUCCGUAAAUGGGAGCAGAGGUUGCACCAACAGCUUAUUCUGUCUACCUGGUGCGCACAGUUUGUCUAGCUUGUGUUGCUAACAGAUAACCACAGAGUUCUAGACCUGUUUCCUUGUAGAAAAGUACAAAUGGGCAAAACCAGAAUUAUUUUGAAAGUGUUUGUUUAUCCUGAACACGCUUGUAAUAAAAUUGGAUGUAUUUGCUUCUAGAAGCGGGAGUGGCUUAACUCUGCAUAGCACGUGCUUUCAUGACUGCACGAACUCUGUCUUGUCAUCUGGUGCAGCAUUAAAGAAAAAAUGCAUUUUGGAAAAUACCCCCUGUGAGUCAGGUGAUAUCUUUUAAUGAUUUUUUCCCCAUUUAUUUUUCAAAUUAUUCUGUAUAAAGAGUACCAGCUUCUCUGUCAUUCUUACUGGUAAGUGAUGUUUAGCAUCUCAGCAUCCUCUGUAAAGAGUAGUGUGGUUAUUUACCGAGGUUUGGAAUAGAAAAUGUCUGGUGCUGACUGUGCACUGGAUGUUGUUAAGCUUUUCCUACAAUACCAUGCAAUGCUCUUAUUUUUCUUCUUGAUUUGGAAAAAAGCUCAGAUUGUGAUAAAAACCGCUCUUCGUUCUCAUGUAACUUGUUCGUACUUUCUUAGUUCAUGACCAGUUCCAUUUUUCUCUUUUAGUUGUUUUCCAUGGUUGCUUUUUACGCUACAUCCUUGUUGGCAGAGUUUGCAGUUUCUGAUGCAACAUACCAUAGAUUCUGGACGCUGGUGUCUAUGAGAAAGGGAGGGACAGAUCUGCAGUUGGGAAAUUGUGCCUCAAAACGAUAGAUUUUAUAUGAAAUGAAGGCUAUGUAUUGACUUAGGGAAAUAUGCAUAUUUUGAAGUGUAACAGAAUUGGGAUAGGCCUAGAACCACGCUCGUUAGCACGGUCCUUAAUUGCCUCAUCCGGGUACACGGCAGCUGAGCUGUGCCAUCGGUCAGCACCGCUUGCCAAUGUCAGAUGGGAGCAGAAUAGUAAAAGAUUUGUUUUUCUUAGUCAACUGAUUUAUCGACAAUUUAUAAAAGCUUAAUAUUUGCGACUCACAUAUGACUGUGCUGUUAGGACAGAAGGAGAGAUUACCGUAGCGAAAAACUUGCAUAUGCGUGGAGGAAGUUGGAAUCCCAGUAACAAGUGGAGUUCUGUGUGGAAGGGACUGGAUCUGCUGGUGUGGAGGGAAAGCUGGAAUUCUGCCCUUCAAAGCAAAAUUUCAGAUACUGCUCUGAACUGAUUGUUCCUGGUUUAGGUACCAGAUUCUCUGAAGUUUUUUUCUUGGACAGAGAUUCUUGGUGGUGUUAUUUUACAUGAGGGUCUUUAGCUAUAUGUGUAGAAAAUCUUGUUGAACGCAGAGAACAUAAGGCAUGGCGUUGCCUUUUACGCAUUUUGACCACAUUUGUAGGACCGGGGUAUUUUUUGUUGGGGUUUUUUUUUUAAUGCGCAGGGAAGUAAAGAUAAAAGAAAUUAGAGCUUUGGGCGUCAACAGAGCUGAGUGAAUGAUUAAACACAGACUUUUAAACAAAUUAUCUGUAAGUCCGUUAAAAAAAAAAAAUCAGCAGUACUGAAGAUUUAAGCAUAUACGGGAAUUGUUUCUUAUAUUUCAAAAUAGAAAAUUACAUGCCAGAUAGAGCCAUAUUAAACGCUCCCCUGACACAUCCACAUGCCUUCAGUGCUGCAGGGAUUAUUUUCUAAUUAUUCUUUGUCUCUGACGUACAAGCUGACAAAUGCAGUAAGACUAGAUCCUGGAAAGCAAGUGCGUGAGUGACGUGAUGGUAGAAAUGGUAAUUUCUGCAGGAGCUGAGCUCGGGGCGGGGUCACUGACUUUUAGGAGGGCUGCAGCUCUAUUCUGCUUUUCCUUUCCCUUUGCUGUUCCCUCUACUCUGAGGAAGGGUGACAUUCUUGAUAUGUGGGAAUUGCUGUACAUUAAUGUCUCACUUCAAGAAUAGGGAUACAGCAAAUUCUAGUCAAAAUCAGACUUCUGUGAAUUGAAAUUUAAGUGCAGGAGAAGCAAAGCACCAGUUAUUCCUGCUGCAAGCAGAGUGUAACUGAGGAACCGUUUGGAGCUGGUCACGAGCUUGGCUGGUGCUGUAAAGUGUUCCAUGGACGCCGUGUCAGCUGAGGCGUCCCGUCAUUGUGGGUAUAAAUUAGGGAGUUUUUAUUAUUCAAAUUUAUUUGGUAAUUAUUUGGCAAAUUCAUGAAACUGUUAAAGGAACAUUUGCUAAUUUUAUUUUUUUUUAAUCCUUCAUCUAAGUGUAGGCUAUCUGGUUUUUGAAGUAUAAAAGCUUCUUCGUACUAGUCACGUUUGAGCUUUAUGUCUUGUCACUGGUCUAGCAAAGUCUACGGCUGCAGUCUCACAAGUUACUUCUCAAACCACUCCUGGGAGAUAAGCCUUGCUGGUGUAAAUGUCGGAGCUGAUCCAACUUGCAUUGACAUUCCCGGUAUGUUGCCCCCCGUUAGGCUUCAAAAACAGACUCUGAGCACGCUCAUGAUUGAUAGUUGGAUGUGAGGAUGGGAAACCUGGCAGGUAGGGACAGCGCUGCGCUUGCGGUGCAAGGGUGACGGCACACAGCUCCAGGAGAUCCACGUUAGCUUAGUCGCAUUUGAAUUUUCCUUAAUUUCAACAACUCUCCGCAGCAGAAGUUUUUCUUCUCCCACUUUUUCUGUCAAGGGAGAAAAAAAGGAAAUAGGAUCAUCGGGUUGGUUUUGGUUUUACUAUAAAUGCAAGUGUUUGCAUUCCAGUGCAUAGAUAAUAGGAGACUUUGUGUAUUUGGUGCUAAAACCAAACCUGUUUAUCCAAGUUGCGAUCCUGUACAAGUGGCUGCUGUUGAUGUCCAGUAGAACUGCUUGAGGUCUUGAUUUUGCACGGCAGCAUUGCCACCAUGAGGGGUCAAGGCCCCGAUGCGAGUGAUGACUUGUGUGUUAAUGUUUUGUAGGUUUACAGUAAAUUAGCUCAUGAAAAGUGAAAUACCUGGAGCUCUGUGUGUUGCUGUUUUCCUGGCAGCUGAUCAGUUUUAGGACUGGAUUGUUCUUUAAUAUCACGUACAUAUCUAUGUACUGCAGACGUUCGCAAUCGCACACUGGUUUCACUGUUCCCUACACAGCAGGUGGCAAUGAUACAGUUACUUUAACUCUGAAAUGCUCACACUCUAAAUAUAUAUGGAGGAAGGACUAUUUUGAAGUGUACAGUAGAAAGUAAAUAAUACUAGUUGUGUGGAUUAAUAUGAGUCAAUUCUACAAAUUAAAGAAGAAAUCUGAAAAGUGUAUUUUGAAAAAGCAUAGUAUUAAUUUUAAUAUUGUAAAAAAAGGAAAAUAUCUAAAGUAUACAGAGAACAUAUGUAUAUCCAAAUGUCUGAGGAAUUUCAAGAUAAUCUACGUUUGUUUUCUGUUGAUUUCUAUUCCAUGGUGUACAUAUUGUGUGGAUUGAACAUUGGCUGUUUUAAUACUAUUGUUAAAUUGUAUUUUUAUUUUGUGUUAAACUAAUCACCACAGACUCAGCUUUAUUUUGUUUAUGUAAAGGUUGCUAUGCUAUGUAGGUAUAAAACCAAGAAUUCUAUUUUAACAAAAAAGCAUUUUAUAUUAUUUAUUAAAUACAUGUUUCUCCAACUUCUGACAUUCCACAGAAUUUCUGCUCCGUAUAUGUGUAGAAAUGGCAGUUCCUUUCAAGCAGGAUCAGUCAGCUUUAUUCUGUUUUUCAUAAUAAAGUCGAAAUAGUUUCCAUCAGUCUGUCCAGCUUACCCUUCUGUUAUGAGCAUAGUGACUUCCAGGCACUGUCAGGACCAUCUCGGAGUGCAGUGGCUCGUGAAUGCAGAAACAUCUGAAAAACCCUUGCAAAUAAAACCCUCAGUUGGAUGUUUCUAGAUUUCCCCUUUAUUCCUCAGCAUUCCAGAGAGCAAGCUUUUAUUCACAUGAGUCUGUGCUGGCUUAAUGAGAAUUAAUGGCCUUAAACUGGGGCAAGGAAUCAGCUUGAUAUUUGAAAAAGCUCAGACAUCAGCUCAGAUAUUUGCAAAGCUCUUUAAUUCCAAGGUUAAUGAGCGAGUGGACAGGAGAGCUGAGAGAGGCUGCAGAGUUUGGGCGCUGAUGCAGGUCUGCUCAGAGCGCUGGCUUACGUCGGGCUUGUUCUGGGGUAGGGCAGAGAUGGGCUAACCGGCAUCAAUGGUUGCAAAAACCUUUUUACUGGAAACGAUUUUUGCUGUUUCAGGGUGAUUACUUGGUCUUUAAAAAUAGGCUAGAGCCCGUGAAGACAGGAAAGGUGUCCUGUGGAGUGUGGGGGAGCUGGGCGGCCAGGGCCCAUGCCUGGCCUUGGCGCAGGACCGUGCUCGUCACCUCCGUGCCGCGGCCGAGGAGGGGAGCGGGGACCCCUGGGACCCUGGCAGGGACGGUCCCCCCGGGGGUGUCAGGAAGGCGAACCUCACGAGCCGGCCCCUCGCUGCCAGCAACCGCGGGGCAGGCUUGGCCAGGCGGGGAGCAGGGCUCAGCCGUGCUGCUGUCCUCUGCGGCAUCGGCCCGCUGAGCUAGAGAGCCGACGGGCUCGGUCUGCCUGCCAGAAGCAUUUGCUGGAGCGCUGCAACCGCUGGGCACAUCUGUAGAUAACCAAAGCAGGCACCUCCUUCCCGAGCAAGGCACAAAAAUAGCAUGAAAUUUGUCAGAUAACUCAUUUGCUAAAAAUAAUUCCAGUUGCAAUCAUGGCCUCUGCAGUUUGAGGAACACUCAAGGUAUUAAAGCAUGCGCUUUGAAUUUCCGCUGUGGUGGAGCUUGAAGUACGUGCUCUUCAGGGCUUAACUGAAUGACAUCUCGAGGGUGAAAUUUGGCUUUUGCCGGCUGUGCCACCAAAGCCACCUCUUCUUGUUGAGAUGCUGUCCGAAGCAGGGAGGGGACAGCUGCUUUUCCCCCAUAGUAGCUCUUGCCUUGUUUUCCAUUUUCCCCUUCUCAUGCCCGCCUGGUCAUGUUUUGUUUCUGCGGCUGAAGAGUGAGCUGUAGCGUUGAGCCGCUCUGCCCAAGAGCACCCAGAGGGAGGGAGAGGCCAGCGGCGGGUGUGAAACUGCGCCGGUGCCGGUGGGAUCGUGGUUUUUUGGCGUAACCCACCAGAAACGUGCUGUGAUUGGGAUAGUGCUGAGCCCAGUGCUGCAAACCUGACACGUGCCCAAACAGGGAUUCGUUAGAAAACCUGGGGACGGGAUCAGAAACCUGGUUGUUCGUCCAGGGUCAGGAUUUAUCUGGGUUUGCGUAACUCGCUGUACUGCCAGGUGGGAAAAGGAGACAGACUGGGUGUAGAUAGGGGCUUGCCUGGAUGUGGGGCUAGGAGGAGGCUUUCCUGGCUGUAGCAGGCAUCUUUUCCUUAAGGAAAGGGAGGGAUCAGAAAGCAGGUAAGAUGGCAAAUAACAAUGAGUCUGAAAAACAGAAUAAAGCGAGAGCAUCCUAGGAGAGGUAUUUUUAUGAGCACUGUUUCAGUGACUACAUUUGGUCCUUGAAAAAAGGAGCAGAUUCACAUGAAUAGCUACUAGUGAUUUAAAGAAAUAUAUUGAAAGAGAACCUGUUUUCAAUGUGUAAUUUAAUGAGAAAAGCCAGUAUCUGUAAAUAACUUUAGAUAUUGUAUCUAUGAGAAUCAUUCUUUGUUUUAUGUACUUGGCUCUUUUCAUAUUUAUUGUGCGGAGGAGGGUGUGCCCCGUGCCGGUGUAUGCUGCUGCACGUUCCAGUAGUACUUCUCACAGAGACUAUCUUCAGAGUUUACAGUCCUCAGCGAUUUGUGACUGAUGUGCCACACUUAGUUAAUUCCGCCAUUAUUUUUUUAAAGGAUUAUUUUGGCACAGCUAAGCUGCUUCUGUGUGUUGGUCAGUACAACUGCUCUCAUACGACGAGAACCCCAAUAAAAACCGUCCUUUGCGUGUG